CCAACGGCUGUCAGAGACACUGCUUUUUUACGCAUACAUGUUUGUCCUGUUGGUCACAGUGGUCACAGCAUCCGUUGUGGCCUUUCAUAAUCUCAGUGAUUCCACAAGUCUGCAGUCGGUGGAUCAGACAAGAAAGCGUGCGGUUGACCUGAAGCCAGAAGCCGCAUACAACCUGAUCCAUACCAUUCUGUUUGGGGUCCUGGCGUUGAGUACUAUGAGGAUGAAGUACCUGUGGACCUCCCACAUGUGCGUGUUCGCGUCCUUCGGCCUCUGCAGCUCUGAGAUCUGGGAACUGCUCCUGAGGCUGGUUCAUCUCUGUAACCCAAAGAGGAUCUGGGUCCUGCGGUACUCAGUGCCUGUCCUCACCCUGCUGUACCUGUGCUGUAAGUCCUGGCCAGGAAUGAUGGAUGAACUCUCCGAGUUGAAAGAAUUCUAUGACCCAGAUACAGUGGAACUGAUGAACUGGAUUAACUCUAACACACCAAGGAAAGCCGUGUUUGCUGGAAGCAUGCAGUUGCUGGCUGGAGUCAAGCUGUGCACAGGACGGACCCUCACCAACCACCCACACUACGAAGAUAAAAGUCUGAGAGAGCGGACCCAGGCGGUUUAUCAGAUAUAUGCGAAGAGGUCCCCAGAGGAAGUGCACGAACUCCUAAGGUCCUUCGGCACUGACUUUGUGAUCCUGGAAGACAGCAUCUGCUAUGAACGCAGGCACCACAGGGGCUGCCGGCUGCGUGAUUUGCUGGAUGUCGCCAAUGGACAUGAGAUGGAUGGGCCAGGAGAGAGUGACCCUGACUUGAGACCUGCAGACCACCCUCGCUUCUGUGAAGAGAUUAAAAGGAACCUGCCCUCCUAUGCAGCCCACUUCACUCGAGUAUUCCAGAACAAGACAUUCCAUGUCUACAAGCUGUCCAGAAACAAAUAA